AUGCGUAACCUGAGAUCUAGCAUAGCUAAAGCCGUCGUCGAGUCCGGGCCAUGCAAAACAUUAGGCUUGGCAGGGCUAGAGUAUACGACGCCCGACUCACCGCGCCAGUACAAUGUUCUCAAGGUCAUACCCACAGGGUCCAGACUUCCAGACUUAACUGCAUCGGAGCGGAAGCUUCUAAGGCAAAAGCAACAACGACUAGCAGCGGAUAAAGCCUCCCUGGACCGAGAGGCAAGGGAGUGCUUGGGUGGAGGCAACCUAUACGUCCAUAAUGGUCUUCAAGCAACAUUGAUAUUUUCCCAAUAUGAAGCCGGGACUGCAGUCUGCAUUGGAUCAGACGGCUGGGCGUUAACAUGUGCACACUGCUUCGGGGAUACAGAGGAAGAACUGCAGACGUCAGACAAACGUCGCUGGCUCCUAUUCUAUACCGGUUUGGCAGUACAGGCCGAAUGCGUAACUUGGGAUGCAAAAAGGGACUUAGCUCUUCUCAAGAUCAUUGCUAUAGAGGCCGAUGCUAGUCAGAAUGGGGAGGGCAUUGUUUGUUCUUUCCCAUUUGUGCAAUUAGCACCGAAAAGGCCAGCAGUAAACAGUCCUAUAAUAUGCAUUGGACAACCGGGAGUGGACGAUUUGGAAUCUAGUGCGCCGACGAAAAACAAGUUUGAUUUUGUGGAGUUAUCCACUGGAAAAUUCCGUGGGAUGGUAGCCGGUGGCGACUGGCAGGAUAAUUCUGAGAUAGGCCAGAUGAAGCAUGAUGCCUGGACAUAUUGGGGCCACUCGGGCGCACCUUUGCUUGCCGAGGCUGAUGGUACUCUGAUUGGACUGCACUCUUCUUGGGACGAUCAGACUGGCAUGCGCCACGGCAUUCCUCUUGUUGCUAUCCAAGCAUUCCUCGCACAACAUGCUGGAUUAAUGAGUUCCAUAGGGCAAGCUGCUAAAGCUCAAGACGACCCUACCUUGUCAAAACUGGCCGUGGAGGAAGAGGUGAUUGUUCUUAGUGAUUAG